AGGAGCAGAGGAUUCGAAGUGGGCUCAGCGCUGACAGCAGCGAGCCCCAAGCGGAGCUCCCACUCCCCAACCGUGAGCUCACCACCUGAGCUGAAGUCGGAUGCUCAACCGGCUGAGCCACCCAGGGGCCCCCACGGUUACUGGAUUCUUGUGGCUGCCACAACAAAGUGCCACAAACGGGGCAGCUUAAAACGAAAGGUAUUUAUCCUGUCACAGUUUGAGAGGCCAGGCGUCCGCAGACCUCACUCCCUCUGAAGGCUUCAGGAAGAAUCCUUCCUUGACUCUUCCCGGUGUCUGGUGUUUCGGGGCAAUCCUUGGGGUUCCCUGGCUUGUAGAUGAACCGGUCCCUCUGACGUCCACCUCCACCGUCACAUGGCCAUCAUCCUUCUGUGUCCCUGUGCGUGCCCUCUCCUUUCUUUACAAGCUUGCCGUUCUUUGGAUUUAGGGCCCGCUCUAAUCCACUAUGACCUCAUCUAAUCAUAACCGCGAGGAUCCUGUUCCCAAGUGAGGUCACAUACCACCUGAGGUUCUAGGUGGACAUGAAUUUCGUGGGGGGGGGCACUAUUCAGCCCACUGCAGACCAAGCAGAGGCCAUCUCUGAGAGGACGAGAGGGCUGAAAGGUGAUGUGGGGUGUUUAGCUGAGCAGGCCACCCAAGCUGUCCUAAAUUCAUCUGCGUCUACUCUCUUCCUGGUGGGUAGGUCAGUCACGUGGCCCCAUCGCGUGCAGGGAGACUGGGAAAAUGGAAAGAAGCCCCUGGAUAUGUGGGGAGCCUCCCUGACCUCUCUGGCUGCUGGCUGUACCCCUGGUUUCCCCCUACACGCGCGCACACGCGCACACACACACACAUACACCCGCUCCCGCACAGCAUCUGGUCCACAGGGGAUGCUCAAUGAAGGUUUGUUGAAUGAAUGAAUGAAUGAAUGAAUGACUGUGAGGAAGGUGAGGACAAGGGGCCACAUCAGAAGACUGAGGGGCUCCGUGGGGCGGUCGGAUUCCUGGCAUACCCCUCUGCGAGCUGGGGGUGGGCAAACGCUGGAGGGGAUUUCCCUGCUCGCCGAACAGCUCAAAUCCCUCCCCUUUGCCGGACAUCCCCAGAGUGGGGUGGGGCGGGUCUCUGGCAGGUUCGGGCAGGCCGAGGCCCCCGAGCCGUGAGAGCGCUGAGGUUUCCGUGCUCCCGGCUCCCUGGCUCGCCCCGCGCCCCGCCAGCACGGGCCCCAUGCAGCGCUGUCUGAGAAUCAUGGUGCCGGAGGAGGGGAGCUCCGGCUGCCCGGUGCCCCGCCUGUCCUGGAUGUCGGUGCUGCGCUCUGCCGCGAUCCUGUCUCUUACCGGCAUAAUGGCAUACUGCUUCCUGCGCGUCCAGCAAGGGCAGCUCGAGCCGCCUAAGCGGGACAUGGCUGAGCUGCAGCUAAAUCACACAGGACAGCGGCUGGACCACAGGCUGCGCUGGCAGGGAAGUCCGGCCUUGGGCCGCUCCUUCGUGGAUGGACUGGAGCUGGACGACGGCGGGCAACUGCGUGUCCGGCGCGGCGGGGUCUACAGGCUGCACAUCCAAGUGACGCUGGCCAACUGCUCCUCCUCCACGCGGGCCGCCAGGCCUCCCAGGGCCACGCUGACGGUGGGCAUCUGCUCCCCGGCCGCCCACAGCAUCAGCCUGCUGAGGCUCAGCUUCCACGGAGGCUGCGUGGCCGCCUCCCAGCGCCUGACGCCGUUGGCUCGCGGGGACACGCUCUGCACCAACCUCACGCUGCCUCUGCUGCCCUCCGCAAAUGCUGAUGAGACCUUUUUUGGGGUUCAGCUGGUGCACCCCUGACUGUUGCGCCCCCUGGCCCAGAUUUGUCGGGAGAGUGUGUUUUCUCUCUCUCUCUCUCUUUUUUUUUUUUUUUUUUUUUCCUGUCUCUUGUAGAAGCUUUUUUCUUGAUGUGUCUCUGUAAUAUAGUGAUGUAUAACAUCUGAUCGGUCUUCAUCCUUGCUGCUAGCUUAAGCUUUUGGAAUUUCCUGUGUGGCCAGCGGUCUGGGUGCCUUUUGUUGUGUUAAUGAGGUGACUUUGGGGAAAGCCCUGAGGUCACCUGGAGAGGUGGGAGUUGGAACUGUCCCUUCCCACUGGCCUGACCUCCAGGGAGGGGAGAGAGGCUGCAGACAGCUCAGCCAGCAACGGCAAGUGAUGAUUUAACCAAUGGCAUCCGUGUCAUGCUCAAAAAUACAGAAGGAUGGGGUUACAAGCUUCUGGACUGGUGAGCGAGUGAAAGUCCUGAGACGGUGCUCACCCGUGGAGAAAACACCGAGUGAGGUUGAUGGAACAUCACUCACCGCCACUUCUGGUUAGGCGCUGCCUGACUCAUACUGGUUUUUGUUCAAAUAAAGUCUCAAAAUGUU